AAGAAAAGAAAAGAAAAAAUUGUGUCUUCUUUGCAUGGAGAAGCAACCAAUGGGAGAAACCAUAACAAAAAGAUCCAAAUGGCAAUACCCACCACCACAACCAGCCCCAAAGAUCCUUCAUUUACCACCUAGGCCUAAAAGAAAACCACCAUUAAAGCCUUCAAAGCUACCAUCUUUACACAAUGAAACAAAAGGGAAACAACUAGUGAACUUAUUUGAUCAAGAAAGGUGUUUCAAAAGAGGGCUUAUCCCAUUAAUGCUUGUGAAUCCAAUGGAAGAAAGCAAUGAAGAAAUGAAAAGAGAAAAGGUUGAAGAAGAAGAAGAAGAAGAAGAAAAUAAUGGUGGUGUUGUAGCUUUGGUUGAAGAAGAGAAAUGGAAGUUCCAAGCUGAAAUGUUAAGAGCUGAAUGUAAUUUAUUGAGGAUUGAAAGAGACAUUGUUGUUAAGAAAAUGGAGAGAAGCUGCGUGAAAAUGGAGAAAACCUUGAAAUCUGCUGUUCAUACUUUGGUUUCUGGAAGAAACAACAUUUGUGAAGAAAAUGAUGUGAGGAUGAUAUUGGAAGAACUGAUCAAUGAAUUGUUGGAAAAACUAGAAAAAUUGCAAAAGAGUACAGGGGUUAAAGAUUUAGAGGCUAAAAAAUGGAGUAAUUUCGAUAAACAAGCAUGUUUUCUCCGAACGCGGCUCGACAAGUUCGGAGAAUUCUCCGUCGAACAAAUACGCGCGGAGGAGAUUCGAGAAAUGGCAGAAGCUAGCUUAUCGAUCAAAACGAGUAGUGAAAGCGACGAGAGCCUUAUUUCAAAUCGGAACAACAAUAUUUUGAGGAGAAACAUGGAGAGAUUGUCAAAAGGGGUUUUAUUCGAGAGAAUGGCAGAGGAAUACGGUCUGAUGGCCUCCUCGGGUAACAGUUCGAAGAGGAUUGACUAUUCGGAUUCGUCACAGUCAUCGACACAACGUUCAGACAAGGAGAAAAUGUCCGGUGAACCAAGAGUGUGCUCGGGACAUUGCAAGGCUAUAGUGCGGAGAAUUGUUGAGCAAGUUCGUGCGGAGACCGAACAAUGGUCUCAGAUGCAAGAUAUGUUGGGGCAAGUAAGGGACGAGAUGGAAGAAUUGCAAAAAUGUCGAGAUUAUUGGGAAGAUCGAGCACUUGAUUCGGACUACCAGAUUCGAUCCUUGAAAUCUGCUGUGAAAGAAUGGAGACAGAAAGCACAUUCGUCCGAAGCAAAGGCUAGCGAGCUACAGGCUCGAAUGUUCGUGCUUCACGAAGAGAUCGAGAGAUUGCGGAACGAAAGAGAAAGGAAAACCGUGAGGGGUAGAAAUACUUCACCGGCUAACCAAGAAGCAAGAAACGAAACGGAACUCAUGUGUGACUUGAAGGAAAACCGUUGUGCAAACGAUGAUGGCUGCAAGGCUCAACCAUGCACUGUUACUGGACUUCUUCCUCGACGAUCACCCCUGAGAGAACUCGGUAAUAUGUCGGCAUUGAUGAAGCAACACGGCGAAGGAAUCUUGCCGUUAUUUUGCCUUCGUCGAGAUCCAGAAACAAAAUGCUCAUUCUAGAGAAACCGGAUUCCCAACAUGUACGGCUAUCAAAACGAUCGGUUCACAGACUUAACCGGUUCGAAACAAGAACACCGGUUUACAUAGUAUUGUAAAUCUAAGUCUAACAAUAUGUUGUUGAUAAUAAAUAUUUUUAUUUCUAUU